UGCUCCGAUGGUAAAUGCCGUCCGAUUAGGUUACAAUUUCACAAUUUUUUCCGUGAGAAUCGCAGUAAAUUACCUAGUUUAUCUCAUUCAUAACAUUAAAGAGUUAAAUAUUCGAGGGUUUUCAAGCCCUUAUACGCAUUAAUGCAUUGAGUUUUCGGCAUCCUGAUUCGUUCAACGAUUGGAACUCGGCAAGUCAGGCCCCGCGCUUCCCUCGCCCCCACAAGCUCAAUCUUACAAACGUGUUGCUGCGUGUCGGUGCUCGCACGGAAGCUACUUCCUUUUUACGUCUUUCUACUAUACUAUGGUGUGCGUACUCUGAGCGAUCGUACGGGAGACCUUGAGUGUUUUUUGGCCGCCCUUUCAUAUAAAAACGAACCGAGUGACCAAGCCUCACGUCGAGUUCACACUCAAGCCCAAGCCUAAAAUCAUUUAAUCGAGAAAUGAGUCUAGCAACACCGUUGAAACGCUCGGCGUCUGCCUCGAUUAGUCCUGGAGUGUGGGAGGCACGAGGAUCCGAUGAGGAUGAACAAGGUAAUAAGCCAGAGUCGAAGAAGCCAAAGUACUCGUGGUACGUGACGCUGGAGAGUGAAACGCCAGAUGGUACAUCUGAGGAUGAAACUGAUAAUGAAUCUGUUUACAGUGUGCAGGGCCAGGAGACUGAGUAUGCUCGUGACACAUCGGAUACAUCAACCAACACAUGGAUCAGCACCGACAAUGGAGACGUGUCUCUGCAGGUCGAGUAUGAGGUGGCAUCGAUGUCUGAGUCAGACAAUCCGUUUUUGGAUAGUUUGACAUCGUCAGAUCCUGAGGACGUACUCCCCCAAGGAAUGCUCGCCGACAUAAUCGAAUCCGACCUGGACCCAGCCGACAACAGCGACGACUCUCGUUCCUCAAUCGACAGUGAGAUCGGCCGUGCAGAUUACUGGACAUGUUUGCAGUGCAGCACGAAGAAGAACAACCCCCUGUUCCCCUACUGCGAGAAGUGUUUCCAGAUAAGAAAGAACUUCUACCCCCCUCGGCCAAAGUGGAAGAGACAAAGGAGUAAAAAGAUCCUGAAACCCACGAAGAAGUCGAGUCCAGAGCGAAAAGACUCCCAAGAGGACCUCGUGAAGAUGGACUCUGGAUUGGGCUCGAGUCAAGGCAGCCAGUCGAUAUCAGAGUUUGAUUCUGAGAGUGUCACGUCGUCCCAGUGCACAGCCACGACCCUAGCAGCAUCUCCGUCGUUCCUGAAGGACUCUGUUGACUCUGUCGAUGGUGUCCCCAGCAGUUUUCUUCCCCUCAAAACCUCGAGCCAGUGCUCAACCCCAAAAGACUUGCCAUCCGAUGUCGAGAACAAAAUAGACAUUAUUCGCGAUAGAGAACAGCCUGACGACGAUGGGGACAAUAAAAACUGCAAUAUGUGCACGGUUAAUCCUAAAGAUGGGGUUUUCGUUCAUGGCAAGGCGUCGCACAUAUGCUGCUGCUACAGGUGUGCUGUUAAAACGUGGAAAACAACGAAGUACUGUCCCAUUUGUAAUAGGAAAGUAACAAAUGUCUUGAAGGUUUAUAUCGUUUAAUAGUGCUGUGUGGAAUACAGUCUCUUUUGCCAAAAUGUGUUCUUUAUCUCGAUGAUGUCUUUCUUGUUCGGAAAGAUUUUAUUGGAUCCGGGGAGAGGUGGGGACCUGACCAACAGUCGAUUUUAUGGUUCAUUCAUUUUUAUACGCUGAAUUUCAUUAAAAAUGCCUUUUUUUCUAUUGAUUGAAAUUUAUGCGGCAAAAUGGGUACUUUUCACGGUUUUUGAAAUGUCAAUAGUUCAGUUAAUUGUUAAUGAAAUGAGAUAAUUUUUUUUUUUCAGUUAUGAAUAUUUGAAAAAAUAUUAGGAUUGUCCAUUUUGCUUCACUCACCCCCACUCUGGGGACGAUGAAAUAAGAAUUAUUGAUGAAAAAUUAUCGUUUUCCCCCAAAUACACCUUUAUUUUUUUUUUCAGUCAAUAUUUUUUUUCAUAAUUUGUAUAUAUUUUUUUAUACUUAACUCAUAAUUCAUUCACCUUCAAGCUUUAAACGGAUAUUAAAUUUUGAUCAAUCAAUCGAUUCAUUGGUCGGGUUGCCCUAGGUGAGAGAUAGUUCUUUAAAAUGGAAAAUUAUGAAAAGAGAAAUUUAUUCGAUUGAUGUAAUAUUUAUGAUAUAGGCAGAUCAAAUUGAAAGUUGUUAUUGUGGAUUUACUUACAAACCAAAAAUUAAUAGGGUCUUGGAUUUUUCCUGCUAUCUUCUAUUGCUUUGGAUAGAGAAAGAAAUUUCUAGGAAUUGAGCAACGAAUUGUGGGUUUAGGGAGAUUCUAAUUGCGAGCUUCGAUUUCUUCAUGAUCGUUUUCUCGAAUUUCUACUGUUCUAGAUUAGGUAGGAGAUUAAUAAAUGAAAUGCCUUGGAUUAUUAUUAGAAGAGAAGAGAAUAAAAUUUUAUCAUGUA